CAACGAAAGUAACUGAGAGCCAUAUCUCUGUUUGAGCUACAGUGUGUCUCAUCCACAGAAAAAAAUCGCUUCUCUUUAAUGGUGACUUUUGUGGACUGAGGAUCUUUCUCUCCGGAUAUCAUCCUCUCAUCUGAUUGUAUGUUGGUGAAGAACCCUACAUGUUCAAUCUUUCAUGCAUAUGAUAUAUGGUUUCGAGGCCUGAGUGAGACAUUCGUCGAACACUUGGCAGAAGACCAAAUAUUUUGUAGAUAAUUUGGCAUUUCGGGAGAACCGACAGCCAAAAACAGUGACAGUUUGAGAAGAAAAGAGAGACUAAAGUUUGGAGAGAAAAUGAGUGGAGGGGAAGAAGGGGCAACGUUGGAGUUCACGCCAACAUGGAUUGUUGCAGCAGUUUGCACUGUGAUUGUUGCUAUUUCUUUGGCUAUGGAACGUUUGCUUCAUGUUGUUGGGAAUAUUUUGAAGAAGAAAGAACAGAAACCACUCUUUGAGGCUCUUUUGAAAGUUAAAGAAGAAUUGAUGCUCUUGGGCUUUAUAUCACUAUUGCUGACAGUAUUUCAAAGUGCAAUUUCUAAAAUCUGCGUCUCAAGGGAAAUAUUAACUAGCAUGCUUCCUUGUAAACUUGAAGAAAAUAAAACAUCACAUUUUCAGAAGUAUUUUGCUUCGACCCUGGCUGGUAGAACCAGGCACCUACUGGCCGAAGAACCUGCAUCCCAUCUGGGAUAUUGUGCUAAGAAGAGUAAGGUACCUUUGUUGUCUGUUGAAGCACUCCAUCAUCUGCAUAUCUUUAUCUUUGUCCUGGCCAUCGUUCAUGUGGUAUUCUGUGUUCUCACAGUUUCCUUUGGAGGGCUAAAGAUACGACAGUGGAAGCAUUGGGAAGAUUCAAUUGCUGGAGAGAACUAUGAUUCGGAGCAAGUGUUGAAGAAAAAAGUCACUCAUGUCCAUCAGCAUACUUUUAUCAAAGAGCACUUUCUGGGUUUCGGUAAAGAUUCAAUUGUGCUAGGGUGGUUGCAUUCAUUUUUUAAGCAAUUCUAUGUAUCCGUGACCAAAUCAGAUUAUGUGACACUAAGGCUAGGUUUCAUAAUGACGCAUUGCAAGGGAAAUCCCAAGUAUAAUUUUCACAAGUACAUGAUACGAGCCUUAGAAGAUGAUUUUAAGCAAGUUGUCGGUAUAAGUUGGUAUCUCUGGAUUUUUGUGGUCAUUUUCUUGUUGCUGAAUGUUAAUGGCUGGCAUACAUAUUUUUGGAUUGCUUUUCUUCCUUUCAUUCUUUUACUUGCUGUGGGUACCAAGCUUGAGCAUGUGAUUUCCGAGUUAGCUCAUGAGGUUGCUGAGAGACAUGUAGCCAUUGAAGGGGACUUAGUAGUCAAGCCAUCAGAUGAACACUUUUGGUUCAACAAGCCUCGCAUAGUCCUCUUCUUGAUCCAUUUUAUCCUCUUCCAAAACGCUUUUGAGAUUGCAUUUUUCUUUUGGAUUUGGGUUCAAUAUGGCUUUGAUUCCUGCAUAAUGGGUCAAGUUGGUUAUAUCAUUCCUAGGCUCAUUAUAGGGGUUUUCAUUCAGGUACUCUGCAGUUAUAGCACCUUGCCACUGUAUGCUAUUGUCACACAGAUGGGAAGCUCGUUCAAGAAGGCUAUAUUUGAUGAGCAUGUGCAAGGUCAUCUCGUUGGUUGGGCACAGAAGGCAAAGAAAAAGAAAGGCUUAAAAGCUGGCACACAGACUGCAGCUGAAACAAAACCGGAGCAAAGCCCUUCGGUUUCGAUUCAGAUGGGGAGAGUGCUGCGUAAUGCAUCUGCUCCAGAGGAGAUCCAGCCUUCACAGGGCCCUGAGGGCUCAAAAUGAGCAGCUGUGAGAAGCGAAGGAGCCUUGGUAACAGCAUUUGUGAUGUAUUUAUAAGUCCGGUGGUUUGUUUUGCUCGGUUACUAGUGUGCCGUACGCGUAAAGCUACUGUAAUGCUUACUGCCAUGUUUAUAUAAAUACCAGUAUUAUAAUAGACUAAUGGGUAAUGUUCAUUACGAACACCGUCAAUAGAAACCGCCUUAGUUGAUCCUCAUUUCCCACCUGCGUGAAACUGCUUGCGAAGCUAUGUUUCCUGCAUAAUUAUACGUGUUACACAUUUUCAUUUGAACUGCAUUCAAAUAUGAAAAUGAAAUAUUAAUCCUCAAA